CUGCCAAGGAACCACCUAUGAAUAGACUGACAUGACAGGUUUUGACAUUUGUUCACUAUAGCUAUUGUUGGUGUGUUGAAAGACUUGGACAAGGUGGGUUCAACCAAGAAUUCUUGGGUAAGUACAGGAAAACCUGCAAAACGAGUUGGGGUUAACGUCACUGUCACGCCAUAGCCCCACUGUUGCACCACAGGAAAAGUCUUUACAAACAUUUAGAAAGGCAGGACGAAAAGCAGUUAAAUAAUCCACCACCACAACCUGAAAGUCAGUCAAGCAACGUCAACCGAGGUUGCCUUGUCCGGUGUGAUCUCCUCGUGUGAAGCUGAGAAAACAAUCAGAAAAGAGAAGAGCAUCAAGAUGGCGAGCGGUGAACACACAGUUCCCACUACCAUAAGCAACAACACUGACCAGGCCCUGGAGGAAGAGUCAAGCCAAGAACAACAAGCUUCACAGGAACAGAGCGAUGAAAACACAACUACUUCGACCAACACUGACCUGGAAGAUUCAAGCCAAGAAGAAAUACAGGAGGAAGCUUCACAGGAACAGCGGGUCAAGCAUGACAUUGUCAUCCUCAUUGACUCCAAUGGAAAAUUCAUAAAUGAGAAGAAACUCUUCCCCAGGCACAAAGUGUUCAAAGUUGAUUGCCCAAACACUCAAAAAGCCAUCCAAAUUCUGUCAGAGGAGGAUUUGGGAACCCCGAGCAUCAUCAUCAUCCACACUGGCUGUCAUCAGCUGAGGCGAGAGCAGGACAGACUGUCAGAAUCUCUCAAAAGAGUCAUAGAGAAAGCUUCCAACACCUUCCCAGAGAGCAGAGUGGUCAUGUCAGCCCUGCUUCCAGUGAGAAACAUGCACCCUGACACCAUCAACAAGAUCAACACCAAACUAGAAAAAGAGUGUGAAAGCUUGCCCCAAAUCCACUUUGCCAAACACCAUAACCUAGAUGUAAGUUGUCUUUAUGAUAACAUCCAUCUAUCAAAAGACAAAGUCCACAUUUUUGCCCGGACACUAAAAGACGUGGCUCUUGAGAGAUACCCAUCCACACUCCAAACAACUGUACCAGCAAGCAGCUCAAUAAAAAAUUUUUAUUUUUAUUUUCAUUGAUCUUAAGACAUCGUUUUAGUUUGCUACUAUAUAUCAACCUUAGUACAGAGUCAUUCAAACCAACUUUGUAAUCACAAGAAAUUAAAAUAGUGAACUUUUCAGUUUUUGAAUAAAUACAUUUUAUUUUUGAAGGGUAGCAAACAUGAGUUAAUUUUGUUCUAUAAUUAAAUUUAUCCACUUAAAAUCUUUUAUUGCCUUACCAUAGACAUUUAAUACGAUCCAAAAAUGCUAUUAACCUGAUUGUGAUGUAUUUAAGUUAGCAACUGGAUGUUAUAAAUUGUGUUCUGACAGGACCCACAUGCUGGACACAGGAGACAACAACAACAACAACAAAAAUGUUUUUCAUUAUCAAACAAUAUUCAACAAAUAACAAACUUCAGGAGAACAACAAAAGAGAUGCCUGCCGAAAUUUUAAAAAGAGCACAUGACAGACACCACAAAAACAACAACAGAGACGUGCCGAGACUGUAAACACACAGCUAAGACACAAGGGAUGAAAUGCAGGUGAGACUAAUUAUCAGCAGCUGGAAACAAUCAGGGAAUGACAUACAUGAAGUAAAAGUAACACUGGACAUCCCAGAAAACUAACCUACAGACUAAAACAGGAAACAACUUGAGAAGAACAGCCUGAAUACUUGACACAAUAUAAUAAACCAGAAUAAAAGACUCAAGGAACAGAUUAAACAUUUGCACAUCCUGGAGGUUAAAAGUAAAAGAAGCAAAGACAAACACAAGAAGCCAAAUCUUAUUAACAAACAGUAACUGACUGAGUCCAGUCAGUUACUGUUGCAUUAAGUUUUAAAAUGAAUGCUCUAUCCACUCUGCUGCUCUAAUAAUGUGAAUUUCCCACUGAUAGCCUAAUAAAGGCCAUCUUAUCUUAUUACUAAAAUAAAUAAUUUCAAUUAAUACGCUGGUCUUCAUAUAGAUGUGUAGGAAUCUGCAUUUCUACUGCAAACAUCCACAUGAGGUGAGUGGAAUAUUCCACCAGUGGUUUUCUGCCUAUAGUAAACUUUAAACUUUAACAAGAUGCAGGAGACAAAACACGGAGUCAAAAUAUAAACACAUCAAAAGUGUCCUUUUGACCUUUUAGUAUUUGUCAAAUGUAAAUUAAAGCAGAGCAGUAUAAACCAGAUUAUUUAUAAACCGAAUAAGCUUCCAUGUUGUUAUUUUUCAUUUGUCUGUCAAAUCUGCACAUGGGAUUAAAGAGGGGCAAUGCAAGCAGUCUGUAAUGUGGAUGGUUUACUAUUAAAAAGGUCUAGUCAUCAUGUGAUUAAUAUUA